AUGAGCCCGAUUCUUCGACCUCCUACCAUCGGAAACCUAGGUUUUAAGGGCAAUAUCAUCAAGGUUCCGGCGACCAACCUCGUAACUAGGGACAUCGUUCAUAUUUCGAUCGUUCUGACCGGAGAGUCUGACGAAAUUGAAGGUGCCACCGAUGCGACCGACAACAACCUUCUCGAGACGCGAAACAUCGAGUGGGCACUAACAAACGGUCACCCUUACAGGUAG